CCAUUUCCGUUAAAACAGGUCGAAGUUAUCGAUUAUUAAGUAAAAAUGUUUGCAUUUAUCGGUCAUCUUUGACGUAACGGUUGAUUAUCGGAAUAUUAUCGUUCUGCAAUCAAAAAUAUUUACCUAUGCUCGGUAAUACAGCAUCUCUGUGUGCUCUGCAGCGAAUUCGCGCUACUUCUUUCGCUGUUUCUAUCAAUGCGACACAUAUGUUUCUUCGUGAAUUCGAGUAAAAUUCAAAAAUCGCACUGAUUUUCUCUCGAUAAGAAGAAUCACUUUCAAAGCAUCCUCGGCUCUCGUGAAUCGUAUCUUUUGAAGAAGCCGCGAAGUUUCUCAUCGAGCUGUUAUUUUGUUCAUCGAUACGUACAAUGAGAGUGGACUGCAUCUGUUGACACUUUGUUUUGUAACAAAUGUCAAGUCUCUGUAACCGUGCGAUUGUGAGAGAUAACGCCGCAAAUACAGUCUAACAUUUCUGCAUCUCACGUAUUCAUUGUUUAUCCAUUGAAUAAAAAUAUCAAUGCGAGAAAGAUCGUGAUGGACGAAUGUGAAAGUGCGCAACCCGCGUGUGACACGCAUUCUAACCUUACAAAAGAAGCGGUAUUUCACGCCGUAUAUAUACCGCAAGACAAUAAAGAUUCGGUGAAUGUAGAAGAACAUAUUUAUCAAGACCUGCCAGAUGCUCUGGAAGUCAUAAAGGAACACAAGAAAGCUCGUCUGAAAACUUUUAAAAAUCGUUCCGAUGCUGAGGUAUAUGCAAAAACUGGACACAUACAGUCUUAUAGUAGUCAAUCUACAUCAACAACCACUGUUGCUCCGACGCAAGAAAUAUGUAGUAAUUUCAAGGCACCAAAACCACAAGAACUUGUGACUUUUCGAAAAUUAAUUGAGAGUGGAAAUAUAGAGAAUGUAAGGAGUAUUGUAUGGGCAAAUCCACGAUAUCUAAUCAGUAAUGGAGACACACCUGCAAUCUUACAAUUAGGUUCUCGAUAUAAUGCGAUACAUAUAGCGGUAAAAGCCAACAAACCAGAUAUGUGUGAGUUUAUAUUAAAGACUGUUGGAAAUCCCACAUUUAUACAGUUGCAUUAUGGAGACAAUGAAUGUAAGAGCUAUCUAGAUCCUGUGCAGAUUAUACUGGAUUUAUACUUAAAUACUCCUGACAAAGGACUCAAUGAGACACCUUUGCAUUUUGCCGUCAAAUAUGGUUAUAAGGAUAUCGUUCGUAUCCUUGUGUCAUACUCUCAAUGCAUUAAAACUUUACGGAAUAAAUAUGAGCAACAACCCAUAGAUAUAAUAUGUAGCAGAAAGUGUCAAGAAGACGAAAAUCUAAAGCGAGAGAUACGCUUGUUGCUGGAGGAUCAGUUCUAUGUACCUGUAUUAAGAGCAGAAGACAACACGUGUCAACCCACUAUCGGGGAACCGUUUUCUCCAUCUAGUAAUACAUUUGUUCAUAGUUCGGAUAAAGAUCUGAUUAGUCCACGUCUGGAAGUACGAGCGUUUGCUGGUCCAAUGACCAAGUCGCAAGCGCUAGACUUUCGGAGGAAAUGGAAAACACCACCACGUACUAUCUCUAUGUCCAUGAAAAAAGAACAGGGUGACGCGUCCAAUAUUAUGAAUAGUCCAGUCGCUAAUAUUGCCCUGAGGUUACAAGAUACAGAGAAAGGAUUGGAGCGUGUCGGAAGAGAUCUCGCGAAAGAAUAUCAAGUGCCUUGGAAGGAAUACUGGCCUUUCUUGAAGGAUUUCGUCGACUUUCAAAAUGACGAGGGAUUGACAAAGCUCGAAAAAUAUUUGGAACAGAGAUUCAAAGAUUAUAAGGACCAGUUGCUUUAUUCAAAAAUGGUACAUUUGGUUAAUAAUACGAAUACAAAUGAGCUGGCCAAUUGUCAACGAAUAACAAACAAAAUGGAUGUGUUGGACGUUAACGAGAUACAAAAUCUAUGUGAUAAAUUACGUUCAUGUUCAUUAAAUACUGAUGAAGCUGAAGAGGACGAAGACGCAGACGAUUCUGAAUUUUUUACACCACCGUCUACACCGGAAUUUGUGCAUAAUGAUUCGAACGAUGAUAUGCAGAACGUCGAAGAAGAAGAAGAUGCUAUGAUAUUUAUCGAAGGAUCUUCACCAACGAAACUGGACCACGCCGUUUAUAACGCGUUGCCGUCUGAGAUCAGCUCUCAGACGUAUCCUUAUAUUUAUCGUUGGCGACAUAAGAUGCAACUGGCUAUGAAACAUGAUCCACACAGGUUUAAUAAUAUGAGAUUGCUCAGUAGAAAAUUAUUCGCUGAUAUUUAAAUAUACAACAAACCAAGAGGGAAUGGCACCGAGUUGGAUGAUAAACAUUAGAUCAGCGAUUGGAUAUCUUUUGCUAAAUUAUUCGACCAAAAAGAUCUAUAUAACAAGAGAAAGGAUUUCUAGCAGAUCCGGUUGAAUACACGGCGCAAAUAGAUGUUGAAAUAAAGGUUGUUGUAUACA